UUGCAGUCACUGAUUCGCUCCACACAGACGUACGCACACCCUGAAGAAAACACAGAAGAAAGCAGAAGUUUGAGAGCAGGAUACUUAAAUACAUUUUGUCUUCAUAAACGCCGAAACCAAAGGUGAUAUAUUCAGGAUUUCUAGUUUGAAUUACAGAUAAAGAGGCAUGAACACAUAUACUAUUUCUGGUGGGGAGGUACACGAUGUUAUUUUUAACUCGCAGUCCUCAUUCGAUUCACUGUCACAUGUGCCCAGCACUGUACGAGAUCUUCUACGUCACCCAAACAGCAUAUCAAAAUGUCGUGAAAAUCCUCUGACGGGUAAGGGAAAGCGCAUACAGUUGGCAAAGAUGUUGUUCUUAACACUGGUUCCCAUCUUGUCUCUGGCUAUUCUCGCUAUCAUCAAUCUGCACAGCAUCUUCUACACAAAUAGCAUCGACACUGAAGUUCGAAAUGUUAUUGGAUUCAGUCGAGACAUUGGCGUUCUUCUCAGUCAGCUACAAAGAGAAAGAGACAUGUCAGCACUUUACGUGAGCCUAAUUGGACCUGAAGACAAAGUUUAUCUCACAGAGACGUAUCCACUGACCGAUGAAUCACUCGAGUCUCUCAAUAGCUGGCCAGUAAAGACAAGUGUCUUAAAAGAACUCAAAUUCUUUCGCAAAAAGGAAGAUUUCAAGUUACAUCUAGACUAUCACCGUCAACAUUUACAUCGCAGCAAUACAACCGUUUAUACGGAAAUCGAAUUUUACACAGAGCUCCUCCAGAUCUUUAUUGACUGGCUGUAUGAAAGCAUUGGAAAUUCCAAAGGACAUGAUAUGUGGCAGACAUUAGUAGCAUAUCAAUUCCUCAUUGUCAGCAAUAUUGACAUGGGCAUUGAACGGACACUGGGUUCGAUUUUCUUUACGCUAGGAGGUUUCGAUGAACACGAAGAUUUUGUCUGGUAUCUCGAUAAGUUUAACGUAGGAACAUGGAACUUUAAAGCAUCAAUGAGCUAUUCUACAUUAGUUUCAGAUUUCUAUUACAAAGAAAUGCAGCAGCUUGAUCUGAAUGUGACACAAGUGAUUGAGGGCAUGAGACGUAUGAUUCUCCGAAACAAUGCUGACAUGAGAAGCCCAAAUUUUAACGAGGCAAAAAGCUGGUUCGAGCUUAUGACAAUAUAUAUCAACGUGUUUGAGAAUAUACAGAAGGACAUGGCAGAAGAAAUUCUCAUCAGGCUGAAUCACGAACUAAAGGGGGAUCAGAAAGCCAUUGCUGUUAGCACUAUUGUUGUAGUUGUCGUUUCAAUCCUCUGUCCACUCACGCUUCGAUCAAUAUGGACCGUUACUACAGAUAUCCAGAGUUAUGCCUUGACUCUGGCUGCGCAGACAAAAGAUCUAAACAAGGAGAAAAAGAGAUCUAAUUGGCUGCUCUACUCCAUGCUACCGAAAACUGUCGUUGAACAACUGAUGAUGAAUAUGGAUGUUAAAGCAGAAUUAUUUGAUAAUGCAACCAUCUUUUUUUCUGAUAUCGUUGGAUUUAAUCAGCUUUGUAAUCAAAUUACUCCCUUACAGGUUGUCCAAAUGCUGAAUGGUCUGUAUUCAGUUUUUGAUUCGAGGAUAGAAAACUAUGAUGUAUACAAGGUUGAAACGAUCAAUGAAACAUAUAUGCUGGCAUCCGGUCUACCUGAAAGAAAUGGAGAUAAGCACGUCAUUGAAAUUGCAACUGCUGCAUUGGACAUACUCUACCACACAAGUUUCCUCGAGGUUCCCGACAAGAUGCACACGAUAUUCCAGAUCAGAAUUGGAAUUCAUUCAGGACCCGUUGUGGCAGGUGUUGUCGGUCUUAAAAUGCCUCGAUAUUGUCUGUUUGGUGAUACAGUAAAUACCGCUUCCAGAAUGCAGACUCGAGGGAAGCCAAAUCGAAUUCAAGUUAGUAAAACCUCACAUGAUUAUUUAUUAAAAUGUGGUGAAUUUCAAAUGUUGGAAAGAGGUGAGGUCGAAAUUAAGGGCAAAGGAGGCAUGACAACAUUUUGGUUGAUUGGUCGUCAGAAUUUUAACCAGCUUGUUUCACCCGACAGUCAAAUACAGUCAGCUAACACCAACGGACAGAGCAUUCAUAAUCACCGCUAUGAACAUCUUUAUGAUCAGAUGUGCACUGGUCGUAUUCAGGUGCGUGAUCCAAAGAGAAGUACCCUGAAAAUGCCAAUGCAAGAUCUAUCGGUGGAUCAGUGAUGCUUUAGAUAGGCAAUGGGUCCACUAAAGACACAUGUAGAGGGCUUAUGCCGACUUUGUUAAAAGCAGAAAUACUUUUAGUACGAAUACUUUGAAACAUUUUUCCGUCUUAAAUUAAAGAGCCUGAGCCAAACAGCGUUUGUUUCUCACGUACAAACAGAUAACCGCAAAAAAGCUAAUUAAACACAGCUUCUUAGAUAUUCUCACUUGUCAUAUGCUGUUAAUAAUUAAAAUUAUGUAAGCAGGUACACGUGUAUAAUCUUAAGCCCUCUCCAGAGUAUCAAAUUAUAUUGGGACAUGCCUAAAUAUGGUCAUGAUGACAUCACAUUAUGACCAUAUAUAGGCACAUCGUGACUAUAUAUGGCACAACAGUUUUUUUUUUCAUAGUGUGGACAGAGGCUUUUAAGUUUUAUUUCUUUGACUUUCAGGCCUACUUAUUUUCUCUGGUAAUACUUAUUCUUAAGGCCCCUGUAUGGUUAGCCAUGGUACUAAAAGUUCGAUACGUGAAGUUUGUAUCAGUAUUGUGUUUUGGUUUGGUUAGGCAUACUUGUUGUACUUAAAGUUUUAUAAUUACAGUAUGUGAUUUGUCUAAGACAUUAUUUGUAUCAGUACCGUAUUUAAGUAUGUGUUUGUUGGAUUCAUAUAUUAUCAACGAACAUAAGAAACACAACACUAAAUGAAAAGUGGGAAACGUAAGAGAGUAUUAUUCUUACUCCAAGAAAAGAAAUAAACGCCAUCGCGCUGGGAGUGUAUUGCUUUAUAGCUCAGUAGGUUUAAAUAGGGACAAUGCGUUACUCUAUAAAAAAAAAAUAAAAAAAAUAACCUUACGACUAGAAUGUGUGGCGUGUAAGUGAAUGAGUGAGAGGGAGUCGCUAUCAUGGUAGAAACAAACAGCACGACUAGACAUCUUAGACCUUUAAUGUGCCUCACACCUUUAUGUGUAAUAGUUACAAAAUCAGGUACCGUAAUCAACCACUUCCCCAAAACACAUCUCAAGAAGCCAAUGUACUAAUCAAUCAUGAUUCGAUCUGCCUUGUUUUAUUGUCUCUUCUAAUUAACUAAUACCAUUUUCACAUAUGUAUGGAUUUUAAAAUUAGCCCUAUCUGCUCUAUAUUUUAUAGGGCUAUUUUAUAUUUAUCUAAAAGGUAUGGUAAUUUACUUAUAUGUAGUGUAUUUCCAUACAUAGGCCUACUUGUACGUGGAACGAAUAUUAACAAUUCAAAUUGUAUAGGCUGGUGUAUCGCAUGUGUUUAUUAUUAGCAUUAGCAAACAUUAAUCGUAAGUACGUAAAUAAUUUUAUUCUGUGUUUCUUCUAAGUAAGUAAUAUACCCAUGUAUGUUGAAAUAAUUAUCAUGUUCUCAUGUUACAUUUAGUCGUAUACUGUGGAAAUACAUUAAAAGCAAAUAUUAAUUGUGUGCAUAAGCUUUAUUAAUAAGUAAGUAAUAUACCCAUGUAUGUUGAAAUAAUUAUCAUGUUCUCAUGUUACAUUUAGUCGUAUACUGUGGAAAUACAUUAAAAGCAAAUAUUAA